CACCUGUUUAUAUCCAUAACCCACAAAUUCAGAGGUCGAGAAACCCAAACAAGCUGUGAUAUCAAAAUGCAGACUCGACGAGCCCAUGGUAUAAAAAAAAUAUGAUAGUUUAGAAUUCGAGUUUUCAAUAUAAUUGUUUCUCGUGAUGCAGUCGUGACGUAACUAAUUUAGAAUGUUGAAAUUGAGGCUCGUCAAUCGCGUGAAACCGACUCUAACAGUCUUGUUAAAUAAUCAUAAUAGUAAUUGAAAAAUAUUAAGAGAAUAAUAAAUAUACGUCGUGGAGUGACUUCGGGAAAAUUAAGCGAUUUCGAAAGAUAAGAAAUUCAGUAAAAUGGAGCCAACUCGGAUGGACGAGAAGGAUGGGCUUUUGACAAUUUUGGACGAAUUGAGCAAAGGGUCCAAAUUUCUUUGGACCAUUUUCAUACUCACCCUCACUCCAACUGUUUUCAAUGGGAUGCACUCAAUGUCUUAUGUUUUUACAACGGCUCAGAUUCCUCCUCACUGGUGCGCUGUCCCGGAACUAGUGUCUGCUAACUGGACCGUGCAGCAGAUUAAAGAAAUAUCUUCUGCGAGUAAUUGCCUAGUGUAUAAUUACGAUUAUACGUAUUUUGCACAAGUGGGUUAUGAGAAUGCGACAGAGUACAUAAAAACUCUCACCAUAUUGCCAGUCACAACUUCCUGUUCUCAAUACUAUUAUGAAGACAUUGGUGGAUCGACAGUUGUCGAGGAAUGGAAUCUGGUAUGCGACAGAGCGGCAGAUCGAGCAAAUACUUAUAUGGCCCUAUCUCUUGGAAAAUUGAUUGGAGCUGGUUUUUUUGGAGUUUUCGCGGAUCGUCACGGACGUAAAACGACCUACGUAAUCGGAAUAUUUAUGCUCAUAAUUGCGGGUCCACUAACCGCUUUUGUGCCUUGGUUCUGGGCUUUCCUUGUUCUCAGAUUUUUUACAGGUGUUAGUUUGUCCGCGAUAGGAUAUUCAUCGAUGACGACUCUGACCGAAGCAUCUAGCAGUAAACACAGACAAUGGAUGGGGAUUGCUUUUAACACCGGUUAUCCCAUUGGUAUGGCUAUGCUAUCCGGAUUAGCUUAUCUCGCGAGGGAUUGGAAACAUCUCCAAUUGAUUGUUUCCCUGCCCUCAUUGAUUCUGCUUUUUCAUGCAUGGUUCAUGCCGGAAUCACCGAGAUGGCUGUUGUCCCAAAACCGACGGAAACAAGCUCACCGAGUUGUGCGUCAAUAUUACGAGCCUCUCGAAUCUGAAACGAGAGGUAAAAAUUCUUCAGAUGCGAAUAGUCGUGAAAUAGUCGAGAAAAAAUCUGUAAGCAACGUCAAUUUAGCCGAUCAAGGUUGCGUUCGAAACAAUCUGAAGAGCCUGAAAAUUUUAUACUCCAAUUCGGACUUGAGAAAACGAGCUUUCAUUAUGUAUUUCUCGUGGAUGACUUCGUCUCUUUGCUAUUACGUUAUAGCUCUGAACGUGGACAAUUUUUCGGUGGAUCACUAUACGUACAUGCUGAUAAUGGGCCUGACGGAGGUACCCGCGUAUUUGGUGCCAUCGGGAAUUCUUAUGAUGAUAGGACGUCGUCAAUCAGGUGCUCUUCUUUACACGAUCGGAGGCGUCUGUUUGUUGAGUAUUCUGGCAAUCUCCCGUGAUAACACAGUCGCCAUUAUGUUGGUCGCGUUAACAGGAAGAUUUGCCCUUUCGGCCGUUUAUGGUAUAAUAAUUUUAUAUACUUCGGAAUUGUUUCCCACGAUCGUGAGAAACUCUGCGGUCGGUACGAGCUCGGUUAUGGCCCACGUUGGUACGAUUACUGCUCCGUACGUUGCUGAUCUCGUAGGCCAAGCCUUUUGGUGGGCUCCGAGCACACUUUGUGGCAUUCUCGCUGUGAUCGCCGGUAUUUCUUGCCUCGUACUUCCAGAAACUCGUGACCGAAGUCUCGCCGACACCGUCGAAGAGGAAACUGCCAAAGGACGCGGCCGGGUUUCUCUCGCACAAAUUUGCUCAAAUUAAUGAUCAAUCAACAAGACCCAUUAGCAUUGUAAAACAUUGACUUUUCCUUGAGUAAUCGUAUACGAAAUUUCAAAAAUUUACGUAGCUCAAAAUCACUCGAACUUCCUCAGUCGGGAUUAAGGUUUCGACAAGAUGGUCUUUUUUCUGGAAUAUAUUCAAUGUUAUCGCGUUUGUAUAACAUAACGCAAACAUAUUAUUUUGUUAUCUUCUAUAUUUCGUUACGUGUAGUUGCAUUUAACAAAUUGUUAUUGUUGAAUUUCAGAAUUUUAUUUUUUUUUUUAUAUACGAUGACGAAAAAUGAUAUUUUCGAUCAUUCUAGGUAGAAAAGUAAAAAAAAAACGUUUAACGAGAUGGCAGAUUCACAACUGUAUAAUCUUCUUGCCGUUUUUAUUGUUGCACAUCAAUUUUAUUAUACAAACGUGUUUACUGUUUGUAAUUUUAAGAAUUUAUAAAGUUGAAUUAUAUGUUGUAUCAACUGA